AUGCAGUCGGUCCAGACAGGGAUGUGGGACCCCCGGCCCCCAUCUAAACAUGCCUCGCCCCUCCCCCCACGACCCCCCUCCAACUCACGCCCCACCUAUGUGACCACAGCCACCCCGGCCAAGCGGAUCACAUUCUACAAAAGCGGCGAUAGCCAGUUCGGGGGCGUCAGGAUGGCCGUCCACAAGCGCAGCUUCAAAUGCUUUGACGCCCUGCUGGACGACCUUUCCCAAAAGGUGCCUCUGCCAUUUGGCGUGCGGACUGUGACCACUCCCCGCGGCACCCACGCCAUCAAACACCUGGAGCAGCUCCAGGACGGCGGCUGCUACGUCUGCUCAGACCGGCGCCAGGCAAAGCCACUCAAUAUGGAGCUAGCCAGCAAACGCCCGAGCAUCUGGUACCAUCACAGCCGCAGGCCCCAGCGGCCGGAAUCAUCGUCCACAACACCGCCUGGCCAUUUCUCUUACAGGCAGCGGCGGAUUCUCCUAGUGAAGAACAGCGAGCCAGGGAUGAGGAGGAGCAUUGUGCUGGGUAGGAGGUCAACCAGGAGCCUGAGAGCGUUUCUUGAUGAGGUGUCUGAGGUGAUGCAGUUUCAUGUCCGCAAGCUCUACACUGCAGAGGGACGCAGGAUUGACAGUGUACAAAGCCUGAUGACUUGUCCUGGUGUGUUGGUGUGUGUCGGCCGGGAGGCCUUCAGCCCAAUGCUGGUGAACUUUAUCAGGAAGAGCUCAGAGGAAAAACUGCCUGGUCUCGGCCCCAGGACUCCUGGAAAUGGGGCCCGAUCUCCUGCUACACAAGGAGCAAGAUCCCCACCUCGUGGGGCUCAUUCCAGAGCCAGCGAGUAUAGCGAAGGGCAUGAAAGCAAGAAAAAUGUUAACUUUGGUCUGGAAACCAAAAAGAGCAUCAUCCACCCUCGGUCAGAUUCGUCAAACCGCUCCACCCGAUUCUCCUUGUCUUCGGAGAAGUCAUAUGGCAACGGUGCCUCCAGAGCGGCUAUUACAAACGAUGACAUUGAAAAGCGAGUCCUGGUCAAUAAAGAUGGCAGCCUCUCAGUGGAGAUGAGGGUGCGUUUUCGCCUACACAAUGACGAGACACUCCAGUGGUCUACACAAGUUAAAAAAUCCCCGUCUCUGACAAAUGAAUGCUGCCCUUUGAGCCAUGCCCCGCACCAUUACCUGCAGCAAGGCCAAUCAGAGAGCUGCUCCGACCCUGAUUCCACGUCCUUCGACCCAGAGGGUAUGGAUUAUUCAAACCAACCUCUGCAGGGUGUGUUGGAGGGGAGCCAUUGCCCCUGCUGCUACCAGAGACCACAGCAGCAGUAUGACUUGUGGGAAAACCCAGCACACAGCCACAAAAAGCCUCCUGUCCCCCCCACACACACAUCCAGUCACACCCAUACUAUGGUGCGACAUACACACUCUUCUAGCUCUUCCUCAUCAUGUAAUUCCAGGAGGGUGGUGCGCUGUCGAGCACGACUCGCCAAUUGCGGAGGAGGUCCGGAGCAGAGCCAGCUAGUCCAGGAGGAGAUGUUUGUGUCGGAGGAGGUUGAGCGCAGAGUAGAGGUGGAGCAGGAUGGAGACACCCAUGUAGAGGUGUGCAGGGUGAACAGAUGCUGCAGCCGCAGUGAAGUGGUUGCAAUGGAUAGCAACCUACGACCACUUAGUAGGAAGUCGGUGGAGGAUGAGCUAAGGACGGAGGAAGACGGGGAGCGUCCGCUGUCUGCAGUCAGCAGCUCCUCUCAUGUCCUGCAAUCACUGAAAGAGGACCAAGAUGAUGACCUGCCACCCAGCGCCUCACAAUGCUGUCACAGCAAUGAACCAUCCCCAUCCCCAACCUCCCUGACUCACUUGAGCGACAAACCAACAAGCAACAUCUCAGCCAGUUCUGUCCAUUCUACUGAGAAGUAUGAGGAAGAGGAAGACAGAGGAAGCAGAGCAGUAUCUGAAGCCUCUUUUUGUCAAUGUGGUGCAACCACCCCACAUUCAACAGCAGAAGCAGAGGAGAUGGAUCGGGCUACCAGUUCCUGGUCCAAAACAAGCAGAGUGUCUGGCAGGUCCCCAAACCUAGAGGAAGAGGGGGCUGCAGAUGAUGAGGAUGAAGAGAUAAAGAGGGCUGUUAGUGGCUUGUCUGGUCACACAGGACUCUCUCUUCAGUCAUCUAGUGUAUGUCCUAAUUGUGGAGGCUGCAAACGGGGGGUUAACUCUAGUUCUACUAGCAGAGCAUCACAGAGGUCCCGUGAUUCCCAGGGAGCCUCUCCAAAGCCUGCAACACCCCUGUCCAGCCAAGAGAAUGCCAAUAAUGAAAGUAAUGACUCUGAAGGUUCAGCUGUGUCAACACAGUCCAACAAGACCAACCUCACCAACUAUGGGCGCUGUUCCGCGAUAUCAAACAUCCUGGAGGACAGAGCAACGAGUGCCAUGUCCACAACGUCCAAUCCUGAAGCAGAACAAAAGGAAGAAGAAAGGGCUCCUAGUGCCACCUCAGCCAUAAGCAACAGGUCCAAUAAAUCACACAGGUCUGGCUGUAAUGGCAGCACCUCUGUUGCAGCAGAAAAAAGGGAGGAGAGAAGCCCCAGUGCCAUGUCAGCCCAGUCCAACAAGUCUGCAAAGUCUCAUAAGUCCAACUGCAGCUGCACAGCUCACGUAAAGACAAGAGAGAACGCAGAAGGAGAGAACUCUGUAGAGAGAGCACAUAGCUCAUUAUCAGCCAAAUCUGGUGCUUCAGCAAAGACUAGUGCUUCAGUCAAGACAAGAACUAAGGUGGCCUCCCCAACAGCUGUGGCAGACGACAGCACAAACGAAAGAACUCCCAGUGCUCUUUCUGUCAAGUCUGGCAAGGCAGAGAGACCUGACAGUGCCCAGUCUGCUAAAUCAGCUAAAUCAAAUGUGUCAGCAAAAUCGGGCAUAUCCCAUAGAUCCACUUGCAGUCAAUGUGCAAAAGCAGGAUCACCAGCUGAUGAACCCGCUAUCGAAGCAACAGGACUGGAAGAAGGAGCGGAUCCAGAAGAAAGAGCAGCAAGUGUCAUGUCAGCCAAGUCCAAUCUUUCUGCCAAGUCAAAUAAAUCCCAUAAGCCUACCAAAGCUUCGGAAAGGUCACUUUCUCCCAGGUCAGGUACUGAAGGAGAUGGAAAAGAAAGGGCAGCAAGUCAAGCAUCUAACCGAUCAGUCAAGUCAAACAUGUCUGUCAAGUCUUCAAAGUUGUGCAAAUCAAACAAUAAUGGCAAUGAAAUUGCAGCAUCUCCAAGCUCAGAUGAAAAAGACAAUGAGCAAGUAGAGGAGGAACAGCAGAGGCCUGAAAGUGUAAUAUCUGCUAAAUCAGCUUCCUCUGCAAUGUCUAAAAGUUCAAGAGUGGCCUCUCCAGCCAAAGACACAGUAAACACAGAGGAGGACAAAACAGAGCACAGAACCCCCAGUGCCAUGUCAGAGAAAUCGCACACCUCUGCUAAGUCCCAAAAGUCAAAUCACGCUGCAGCGUCUCUAGAUCCAAAUGAAGCUGAUAUUCCUUCUAUUGAGACAAAUGGAGAAGAGAAGCAAGAUGAAAAUCAAGAGCGGGUGGCCAGUGCUAUGUCUGUGAAGUCAAAAUCUUCAAUGAGGUCCGGUACUUCUCAUAAGUGUGACAAGAGUCCCAAACCGGUGUCACCAAGUCCAAAUGUUGUCACCAUUAAAACGCCAGAAGGGGUCCAUGAGGACGAAAAUGAGACAGCAGAGAGAGCCCCAAGCGCUGCAUCGGCUAAAUCAGGAAAAUCUAAUGUUUCAACUUUAUCGCAGAAGUCCAAUCAUAAUGGAACAGCUAAUAUUGCUGUUAUUGAAACAGCAGAUGCAGAUAAAAAUGUUGUUGAAGAAAAUGCGCCAAGAAGUAAAUCUCAAGGGCAGACGCUCUCACCCAGAAGAUCCCCACGGACCCACUCACCCAAAUCUGCAACCUCCAGUAGUCCUCAGUCCCCUGCACAGCAGUUGUUGCCUGGAGAGACAAGAGGGCAGAGUGCCUUGUCGGUUCACUCCGCAACCUCUGCGAAAUCUGGCAAAUCCAAAUGUCGCUGUGGAGCGGCUUCGGCUCUCGAAAAGGCAAAGAAGGAAAAAGGGGAGGAGAAAAAGGAAGAUGAGGAGCAGAAAAGCGAGAAGGCUUCUGAGCGGGCUGCCAGUAUACUGUCGUCCUCGUCCAAAAGACCAAGGAGAGAAUCAGAAGGCACGGAGCAACCGCUGAGUCGAAACUCAUCUGGAUCAGUCUCUCUUGGGUUGCCAGAAGACCAAGAAACAGCUGACUCAGACAGUGGCAAGUCCAAUGUUUCUUUUCACGCAGACGCUGGGAGAAAGUCAGCAACAGAGCAGUCCGCUAUGAAGGAAGAAAAUGACGGAGCAGGGUCUGUCAUGUCUCAAAAGUCCAACCCUAAAAGCAUUUUGUCUCACAAUCGUCCAGCAGUUGAGAUCCCUAUUAUUGAAACACCAGGAGGGAGUGAGGAUAAAGGUGACGGAGAACAAAAAACAGAAAGAGGAGCCAGUGCACAUUCAACCAAAAGCAGCAGUUCUCACAAGUCCUGUUGUAAGUGUGGAGUCAAAGCAGUGGCUCAAAAGCUGGACAGUAAGACUCCGAGUGCCAGCCCAACCAGAGAAGGAAAUGACCCUGAAACAGGAAGUGUGAAGUCUGCUUCAACAACAAAAGCAAGCAAUUUGGAUGCCCCAGAAAAUAGGACAUCCUCUGCAAUGUCAGUUGCAAGUGCUAAAGUUCGGAGCAAGUCCCCUGCAAGUGCCAGCGCCAAAAAUGCCAAUGCAGCUGGAGAUUCAGGAGAGAAUGACACUGAAAAUCAGGCCAUCAGUCGACCACCUAGUCAGGCAAAAGGGGAAGACAGUGCAGACAACAAGGUAGCAAGUGUCCGCUCCAAGAGUCCCUGCUGCCUCCGUCCCAAGUCAGCAGCUUCAGCUCACUCAGGGUCAAAAGCCUCAAAAGGAGAGAAUUCAGUCAAAGAGCUCAAGGCCAAGUCCAGCAGCAGUGUCAAAACGUCCAAUUCUCAAAAGAAAGACAUCAAAUCCUCAAGCCCUUGUCCUUUACACAGCCAGAGACCAUGCAGCAAGGCUGAGACCUGUAGUGAGAGCACUCUGUCUCAGUCUCUGUCUGCUGCGGACAUGCUGAAGGAAACCAUGGCUGCUGCACGACCACACAGUCGACAGUCAAAGGCCAGCAAAACCAGUGACAAGUCUGAAAGUAAAAAGUCUCGGAAGAGCAAGAACCAGGAAGAGCUGGAGGUGUCUCCUGACUGCCUGCCAAAUGCGUCCCCCAAUGAGGUUGUCAGCGACUGGCUGCGGAGCAUCCCCGCCAACAGCAGCAUACUCGCGCUUGGUGACGAGCUGAAUGAGGAGGAGGAGCAGGAGAAGGUGGUGGAAGAGAAUCCUGAAGAGGAGGUAGCAAAGGAGGAGGAGAGUCCUGAGGAUGAGGAAGUGGGCGAUGAGGAGAAAGAUGAGGCUCAAGAGGAAGAGGAGAAAGAAGAGGAAGCUGAAUGUGAUGCAGCAGAGGAGGAGAAGAGUCCAGAUCAGACUCCAGGUGACCCAGCCUCGACUCCCCCCAACAACCCGCAAUUAAGUGGUGACUUCCUGCCCAGAAAUUUGCAUUCUUCAGCCGCAGUGAUGAAGGUUCUUCUGAGCUCCUCUCUGGGUCGAUGUCAGAGCAUGCCGGAGGUGUCUCCAGUUUACGGCCGUAGACUGAGUAAUUCAGCCUGGGGGCUCUUGGACUGUUUGGCCCAGCUCCAGCUCAUUGAGCCCACAACGAGCCCCGGCUACAACCAACAGAAGGACCGCAUGCAGCAGUAUGAUGACAUCAUGGCCAUCCUUCAGUCCCUCUGGCUCACUGAACCCAGAAACAUUGAGGUCAAGGAGGACAGGGACGGCAGCAAAGAGCAGGUGACUCCUCCAAGGUCCUCGUCAGGGGUGGGGAUGAGCAGUGGCUCCGCAGGAUCGGGGAAGGAGAAUGGAAAUCACGGUGGAGAGCAAAACAAAACGACCUCUUUAAAUGAGGAUGAGGGAACAGAGAAGGCUGAAGAGGAGAAGGGAAACGCAGAAGCAGAGAACAAGGAAACUGAAGCGGAGGAGAAAGAUGCAGCAGAGGAACCAGUACAGAGUGAAGACCAAAGUUCGGUCCCUCUGAGUCUGGACAGCCCAAAGAUCACAGAUAAUCCCUCGUCAUCAGACAAGAGCUCCGCUCACGACAGCUCCAAAUCCCCCACCGAUAACGAAGGAGAGAUGGUAGAGGAUUCCAGCUCAGCCACGCCCCCAACUGUCCUCCGCGCACCUUUGUCAAAGAAACUAUCCCAAGACCCUGAUCCAGUGUGGGUGCUGCACCUUCUCAAGAAGCUAGAGAAACAGUUCAUGAACCACUACAUUACCGCCAUGGCGGAGUUCAAAGUCCGCUGGGACCUGGAUGACAGCCUCAUCCUGGACACCAUGAUCAAUGAGCUGAGGGACGAGGUCAGCCGACGCAUCCAAAGCAGCAUCGAGCGUGAGGUGAGGAAGAUCCAGAGUCGUGCCGGCAGAGGGGGGAGGCCGCCCCGGCCGCCACAAAGAGGGACCCUCUCCAGGGACUCCACCAUGACGGAGAAGAGGCGUCGGAUAUUAAAGGUCAUGAAGAACCAGUCAGUGAAAACUGGUGAGUCCCAGAGCGAUGAAGAUCUGACGGGUGAGUUCAGCGACCAGCGGAGCGAAGACGAGUACUGCCCCUGUGAUGCUUGCGUCCGCAAGAAAAUGGCCGCCCGGCCUCUCAAAGCCAAUCCGCUGGCGGCUGAAGCACCGGUGAUGAUGGAGUUCGACCUCCUGAAGAUACUUCAGCUGAAGAAAAGCCCAUCGCCUGCAGCCGUGCCAAAGCCGGAGGAAGAUGAAAGAGAAAAGGAGGAGGUAGAAGAUGAAAAGGAGGAAAAGGAGGAGAGUAGUGCUGGUGAUGAGGAGCAGGAGGAGGGACAAACAGGUGGUGAGGAAGCUGAGGAGGAGGAGGCACCAGAAAAUGUAGAGGAGGAGGGAGAGUGCCAGUGCCACUGUGCAAGAAAUGAAGGGGAGAGUGACAAAGAAGAAUACAGAGAGGAGGAGACAGCAGAAGGAGAGGAGGAAACUGGUGGCAACACAGGAGAGAAUGACGCAGGAGAUGAUGAGGAGAAAGCAGGAGAGGAAGAGAACGCAGAGGACGAAGGGGAGACAGGAACAGGGGAAGAGGAGGAGGAGAGUGACAAGGAGACAGUUAAAGAUGCAACAGCAGGUGAAGGAGAGACCACUGAAAAUGGUGAGGAAGAGGAGGCAGAUGCGGAGGAGGGGACUGAAUCUAAGGAGGAAGAAACGACAGGCAGGGAAAGUGGAGAAGGAGAAGAAGAGGAGGCAUCUGGGGAAACGGAGGAUGACAACGCUGUGCAAAAUGAGGAGUCCACGCUGGUGGAGGAGUACGUGGAGGGAAACGUCAGCGCUUCGGCAGAGGCGGAGGAUGAAGAUGAGGGGGAUGAUGCCGCUGAAAAGGAGGAGUCACAUGAAGAUGAAAAAGGAGGAGAGACUGAAGAGCAGGGAGGGGAGGCGUCGGAGGAGGGGAGAACCUCGUCACAGGGCCAGGGGGUGACCGUGACCGAGGGAGAGGAGGCCGACGCCGAAGACUCAGACACUGACAACAAACGUCCAAGCGACACCAGCGCGGACGAAUCAGGACGCGAAGGGGCCGGAACCACAGGAGAAGAGGGGGAGAAAGAAGGCGGAGUGGAGGAAGACGCUGUAGAAGAGUUUAAGCCUGAUGAAGAGGAGCAGGAGGAGGAGGGGGGAGAGCAGAACAAAAGGGAGGACGGUGCUCUGCUUCAUCAGAUCACCAGGACCUCUGUGGAGUCCCAGCCCGGCUCCUUGGAGGACAUAGAUUCCCCCCAGAAUCCUGUAAACUCCAUAGAAGUGCCCAAAAUCGCUGCUGGUGGAUCCACCGGCGGCGGUACGGGCCAGAGGAGGAGCCGCUCGCCGGGCCGGGUCAAACGCCGCAAACCCAAAGAGAGUGACGCUGAACUGGAUGACUUUUAA